UGUCUUUAUGUAAAUAUAAACAAUUUAAAUUAAAUUUGAAAAUGGACUCGAUAAAGACAGUUUCUUUGGCUUUCUUUUAUGGAUUGUGUGAUAGUAUCAAAGGUAUGACAUUAGUUUUUUAUAUUGAUGCCGAGAUCCAUAGACAGAAGGCUGAAGAAGAAGCUGAACGUCAACUAGCCAGAGCAGAUGCUCAACUCCUUGAAAGUCGACAUGGUACUGCGAGGCGAAGCCCAUCACCAGUACCAUCCUCAGCGUCUGCUAUGUUCGAAGAACAUUUACAACGUGAGAGAUCAGCUUUUAAUAAGGAAAAUCCAGAUGAACGCCGUUUGGAUAGUUUAAAAAAGAAACAAAAGCCUGCAGAACCUUCGAUACCUUUCAAAGAAAAGAAAAUUGCGAAACAGGUUCUCAAAUGUUGCGCCUUAAAUGGUGGUUUUACUUGGAUGAGCAUAAUAUUAUUUGAACAGAUUCUUUUACCAACACUUAAAUUUAUCUUGACUCUGUGCUAUGGUGAUAAAUCUCAAGACUUGCAUAUGAUAUGGGGUUGGUUACAAUCCAUUCUUUCUAUAAUAUUUGGUAUGAUGUGGGUUUUGCCAAUUUUUCUACUGAGCAAAAUUGUCAGUUCCUUGUGGUUUGCUGAUAUCGCCAACGAAGCAUAUAAAGUACGCAAAGGGCCGCCAAGUUUAAUACCGAAUAUUAGUAAAUUGGUGGCAGAUUUUCUCUUUAGUUUGGUUGUCCAAGCCAUCUUUCUGGUGCAAAGCAUGCUAGUAAAUUUGCUACCAUUUCCAUACGUGGGUGAAGUCUUGUGUUUUGUACAUCUAUGUUUGCUGUAUUCCCUUUAUUCUUUCGAAUAUAAAUGGUUUAAUAUGGGCUGGGAGUUACAUAGACGUCUGAGCUAUAUAGAGAUUAAUUGGCCAUACUUCAUGGGUUUUGGAGUGCCGUUGACGGUGCUGACAAACAUGUCUAGUUCAGUAAUUGUAAGCAGUUGUAUAUUUUCUAUAUUUUUUCCACUCUUUAUAUUGAGUGGCAAUGAGGCAAAACCAGUUAUUGGAACAACUGAUACUCCAUUACGUCUAUUCUCGCCUACUAUAUUUGUAUCAAAUCUUUUGUUUGGUGGACGUAAAGCUAAUAUAACUGCCAGUAAACUUGCACAACAUAAAAAACACAAUCAACAACAGCAGCUGCAUCAACAGCAACUACUACAGAAACAAAGAAAUCAACUGCAUCGACGUAGUACCGCUAAGGACAAUUCUCCCUCACCAUCACCAUCAUUGCAAAUAUCAGCACCACAAUUUCGUUAUCCUCAGCCACCACAGAGGAUAAGUCCAGCACGAUUAACACCAGAACGACAAUUUCGUUCCGACUUAAGUCGUACGCAGAUACGUUACAAUGAAGGUACUCGAACAUUAAUACCCACACCAGUUCCGGGAGCACCGGUUGCGCCGACAACUACUCAAGCAAAGACUACAAAUCAACGAAGAUAGUUAGUAUGUUAAUGGCCUCAAUGUGAUGGUGGUAUUAGCUUUGGUAAUAAAUGUAUAAAAUCUGCUGAGAGAGAAAUUCAAAAAGAUACUGAUUUAUACAGACUUACAGAUAAAAGAAAUUAUUUGUUAAAAAAAUAUUUCUUUGUAUGUAAUAUUUAAGUAUGUAACGUUUUUUAUGAUUUUUUAGCUUUAUUAUAUAUUUUUUUAUUUGCAUAAAA